AUGAACGAAUGCCGUUUAAAAGAACGCCCCAACUUUACAACGAAUGAGAUUGCGAAUGAACGACGUCAACUGACACGUAUUGAUGAUGCACUCUGUAAGCAUGGACAACUCCAAAUCGUCAAACUUUAUGAUACUAUCAAAGAGGAGAAUGACUAUUUCAAAGACGUGAACGCAUUAUGCGAGUUCAUACGGAAACGUUCGAAUGUCUUUGAAAUGAGUUUUAAUUAUGUUUCAAAUCGUUGUGUUGAAUAUCGAAUGAUGUUCGGCUACUUAGUUAAUUUCUUAAUCAAUAUGGAGAACCCAAAUGAACGCACGAUAGCUCAACGUGAAGUAGACUGCAAAAGUUUCGAGAAAACGAGUCUUUUCUUAAGGCGACAUCCAAAUUUCUUCUUCAUACGAUUGACAAAUGAAGGAAAUUUUGUGGAACUUUUAGAGUCAGGCGGUACAAUUGCAUCUGCAUGGGAAUGUGAUGCACUCCCACAACAUCCGAAUGGAACGAGAUAUGAUCGAAGUAUUCAAAUGUGCGCAACAGGUCAGGUGAUAAAAACGAUACCAGGAAGAGACACAAUUGUGAUACGCAUAGAUAAAGGAGCGUAUGCCGGUCAGGUGGUUCGUGCAUCACGUCAGCACAUACCGAAUUGUCAUUCGAAUCUAGCCAUAAAAUACCCUUGCGGCAGAUCGGUGAACGUUUGCGCAUUCCGUGUCUAUGGGGACGAUCAUUUGUGGUCAGCAUGUCAACUGGAGGAUGCAGAUGAGUGCUAUUCGAAAAUUGCGAAUAUCUGGUGUUAUUCAAAACCAUGUGAUCAUUAA